AAAGAAAAAAAAGAAGAAACUACAAUGGGAACCGGCAGCAAGAACUACCAGGCUCCGGAAUGGCUCACCGCCGAAUUCCUGCAGGAUGUGCUGAAGGAGCACUUCAAGGAGGAGCAGCUGGCGGUCACCGAGCUGCUGGUGAAGAGCGCCCAAGUGGGCGACCAGGCGGCGGGAUUUGCCAGCGAAAUGCAUCGGGCCAGCUUCAAUCUACAGAGGGGCACUGCACCCAAGAGCAAGUUUUCGGUGAUUGUGAAGGAUCAUCCCAAGGGACAAACGGGUGCGGUGGCCCAGAGGAGCAAGCUCUUCAAACGCGAGAUUCUGGCAUACAAGGAGGUGCUACCACGUGUUCAGGCACUGCUCCAAUCCAUCGGAGAUCAAACGAAAAUUGCACCCACCUGUUAUUACACCACGGAAGCGCCGGAGCCAUUCCUGAUUCUGGAGGACAUGCAGCUGUCCGGCUUCGAGAACUUCGAGAGUGGUCGCCUGCUGAACCUGGACUACGUACUGCCCACCAUCGAGAAGGUCGCCAAGCUGCACGCCUGCAGCGCCCUCAUCGCCCAGGAGAGCCCCGAGGUGCUGGAGUUCUUCGACGAGGCGCCCAUCUCCCGGAAUCCCGACCGUCGUGACUUCCUCACCUUCUUCCCCGUCAACAUCCGCUGCGUGGCCGAGGAAGUGGCUCACUGGAAGGGCUACGAGGAGAUCACCGAGAAGAUGUUCAAGCUGGCCGAGAAUGUCCUGCAGAGAGCGCUGUCCAUGUUCGAGAGCUCUGGCAAGGACUUGCGCGUCUUCAACCUCGCCGAUCUGUGGAUCAACAAUCUCUUGUUCCACAUCAACAACGAGACCAAGGAGCCAGACGAUGUGGUCGCCUUGGACUUUCAGUUGGCCUAUGUGGGAUCCCCAACCAUUGAUCUCAAUUACUUCCUCUACGGAUCCUUGAACGAGAAUGUACGUAAGGUCCACUUUAAGUAUAUAGUGCUGAAAUACCAGAGAGUGCUGCAGCAGACCCUGGAGAAGCUGAACUUCAAGGGACACAUUCCCACUCUUAAGGAACUCCACAUCGAGUUGAUCCAGACCAGUCUUAUGGGUGUCAUUGGCGCCACUUGCCUGACUCCCCUGAUCUUCCGGGAGGGAGCUGGUUUCGAGAACCUCGAGGAUCUGAACUCUCGCACUGAGAGCGGUGAUCGUUUCCGCCGGGAAAAUGUGGAAAACCCCAAGUACCGCGCUUUCCUACAGCGAACUAUUAAGGAGUUCGAGCUCUCAGGAUUCUUGGAUGAAUAAUAUGCACAAGGAGAAAGAAGAUUUCGUUACAUUCGAUCAAAAGUAUUCGGGCUUCCACAUAGAGUAAGCUUUCCAGACAAAUAUUCCAUGAGUAUUUUUACACCCACAUUAAAGACAAAUUAUUUGAUUUG